AUGUUGGGUUUGGCCAACCAAGAUACAGCGUUUAUAUUUGACAAGGUCGAGAAUAACCGUGCAAAGACGGCAUCUGGGAAACCAACAUGGGCUUCACUUGUAAAUUUGACUGAUUACUCGGUUCGUGGAAUCGAUGCGACUACAAACCCCUUUUGCGCGGCUGGCUCCACGCUGGGGAAUGGGUCCUAUAUUGUGGUGGGUGGUAACAGCGCCAUUAGUUAUGGUGGUAUCAAUGUGAAGAACCAGGAUGGCUCCAUCAGCUCCGGACCAGCCGCGCCGUAUCAAGAUUAUGAUGGACGACGUGUUGUUCGGCUCAUGCAGCCAAACGAAGACAGCUCCCAGCUGGAAUGGAUCGAUGAAUACAAUAGCCCCAACCAGAUGGACUCUCCGCGUUGGUACCCUGGUGUUGAGGGCCUGGCAGAUGGAUCUGUUGUUCUUAUUGGAGGCGCGACGAAUGGCGGAUUCAUUAAUCGCAACUAUCCAAACGUCGAUCCCGCGUACGCGACUGAUAAUCCUAAUCCGACGCCAGGCAAAUGGGACCAGGGCGGCGCGAACCCUUCUUAUGAGUUUUGGCCCCCUACCAACAAACCCAAACCUGCGGUUCAUGACUUUAUGGUGAAAACGAGUGGUCUGAAUAUGUACGCUCACACUUACUUGAUGCCGUCAGGCCGUAUUUUCAUGCAAGCAAACUACAGUACCACUUUGUGGGAUUGGCAGAAAGACUCAUAUCAUGACUUGCCUGAUAUGCCUGAUCAGAUCAUUCGGGUGUAUCCAGCAUCUGGUGCUACCGCCAUGAUGCCUCUCACUCCCGCCAACAAGUACACUCCUACCAUCUUGUUUUGCGGUGGAUUCAAUAAUAUUACUGAUGAACAAUGGGGUGAUUAUAAAGCCCCGAGAGUCAAUAUGUUUGAACAGCCAGGGAGCACUGAUUGUUCGUCAAUCACGCCUGAAAACGCGGAUGGAUCCAAUGUCGAAAAUGUUCAGUAUGUUCGCGAGGAGACUUUGCCUGAACCUCGCAGUAUGGGGCAGUUUAUUCAUCUGCCAACGGGUCAAAUGGUGAUUGUGAACGGUGCUUCUCGUGGUGUGGCGGGAUAUGGAAACACUACGUGGAACACGGCUAAGGACAAGCAGGGAAAUGUUGUGCACAUGGAGGGCAUGAGUCAGAAGCCAACGUACCGACCUGUCCUUUUCGAUCCAGAACAGCCCAAAGGCAAGCGAUUGAAGUAUGAAGGCUUCGGAUCGUCCAAGAUUGCUCGUCUGUAUCAUUCGUCGGCCAUCCUCGUUCCCGAUGGCUCCGUUCUCGUCGCUGGAUCAAAUCCUCACAUGGAUGUGGCUCGGCUUCCGCCAAAUGAUCAGAUUGACAGUCAGUAUGAAGCAUUUAACACCACAUACGUCCUGGAGCAGUGGUACCCAGAGUAUUACUUUGAGCCAAGGCCAAAACCACAGGGCAUGCCUGAUGUUAUCAAAUAUGGGGGCAAGUCGUUCAAUGUAACCAUCGAUGCGAAUUACAUGAAUCCAGACAACAACGCGAACGACAUGGCCAAUAAGACCAAGUUCAUGGUGAUUCGACCAGGUUUUUCAACACACGCUGUUAACUUUGGCCAGCGAUCCUUACAACUAGAGAACUCGUAUGAAGUACAUCAUGAUGGUUCUGUGACUUUUAUUGUCAACCCUAUGCCAACAAACAUGAAUAUUUUUGUGCCAGGUCCAGCAUUGCUUUUUGCCACGGUCAAUGGAAUACCAAGUCACGGCAAGUAUGUCUUUUUGGGUGGAAAGGGCCUAGGAGAUGUCCCGCUGAACUUGAAGCCCGGAGACGAACCGCCUCGUCUUCCAGCACCGGUGAACAAUAACAACUUCCAGAAAAAUGCACCAUCUCCUGGCUCCAGGACUGACGACGAUGAUGGUCUGUCGGGCGGUGCAAUUGCGGGCAUUGUGGUCGGUGUAGUGGUUGGUUCGGUAUUGUUGGCCGCGUUAGCUUUCCUACUGUGGCGCAUGAAGCGGAAUCAACAGAAUGCGGCAAAUUACGCUUCUAUCGGUCGACCUGCAUCUACCCAGACGAUGGGAACGACUCCUAAUGCGUGGACACGCGUUGGUACGCCAUACAGCGCGCCGCAUGCGGCACCCACGAUGCAAACGAAUGAGUCACGGGCUAGUCUGCUUGGUUCUACGACGAAUGUAUCAAUGCUGCCCCACGAUGCAGCAGAAGCACCUCUUUCCACGGUCAUCCCUAUCACCGGGAUGACCAAGUCGCAACCUGCAUCUGAAUUUAGUGCGAGUACACCACAGUCUACGUCGCAGGCACUGGCCCCUCCGAUGUUUGGGCCACGACCUCUAAUGACGUCGGAAUCAACGAACGAGGUGCAGACGUAUUAUGUGCCCCCGAGUACAAGCCAGGGACCUGUGUUGAUGCCUGAAUCGACGACGCACUGGAACGACAUCCCGGCAAGAAUGACUGGACCGCGUGACAUGCCAGGAUCGAACCUGCAGCAUCACUUGAUUGCAUCUAGCAACCGCUACCCGACGCCUGACGAGUAA